AUGGUUUUCAAGGUCUUCGUCGUGUUUUCCCUCGCGGCCGUUGUCCUCGCUCUGCCCGAGACUGGUUAUCCUAGCCACGAGGAACCAGCCAAGUACUCGUUCAACUACGAGGUGAAGGACGAGCCAUCUGGCAACGACUUCGGCCACCAGGAGGCUCGAGACGGCGCCCACACUCAGGGCGACUACUUCGUCAAGCUUCCCGACGGCCGCCUGCAGCAGGUCGCUUACACCGUGGACGGCGACUCCGGCUUUGUGGCCGAGGUCAGCUACGAGGGAGAGGCCCAAAGUCCAGGAUUCAAGGGCGAUGCGGAUUGCCAAUUUCGUGGUGUAUCUGAAAAAUUAUAUUGUAUCCGCUUGCAGAAUCUAGUAGGAAUUAUUGAUAACUUAGCAGAAUUAAAAGUGAGUACAAAAACAAGAUUUAAGAGGAAAAUGACGGUCUUCGUCGUGUUUUCCCUCGCGGCCGUUGUCCUCGCUCUGCCCGAGACUGGUUAUCCUAGCCACGAGGAACCAGCCAAGUACUCGUUCAACUACGAGGUGAAGGACGAGCCAUCUGGCAACGACUUCGGCCACCAGGAGGCUCGAGAUGGCGCCCACACUCAGGGCGACUACUUCGUCAAGCUUCCCGACGGCCGCCUGCAGCAGGUCGCUUACACCGUGGACGGCGACUCCGGCUUCGUGGCCGAGGUCGAUGCCAUCUGCAAGCAGCCCGAGACCGAUCUAGCAAGUAUGCGCGACAGUGACUCGAGGUACAAAGAUACAGCCUAUUGUGGGUUUGCCUAA